GACUGCUGCAGGAAGGGAGGAGUUCACCACUUUUUCUUUUUAAAAGUCGCCUAUCUGUCGUGAGGAGUCAGCAGAGCCGAGUGAAGUUAAUUGGUUCCCUCAGGCGUUGUUUUUCUUCUUCCAAAUUCAACUUUUCAUGCCGUCUGCUACACCUGCCUGCCAAUGGGCGCGGCUGGGACCUAUGCCCAAGUCUCUGUUUUAACUUGCCUGGGAAAGUUGAGCUAAAAGGCACAAAGGGACCGAGGAUCGAGAAGGACAUCCCACCCGCGCGUCAACUUGGUAUAAACACAUUAUCUAUCCCGUGGACGCGAACAGUCGCUCCAUCUUGAGAGGAACCCGGAUUUGAUUGUUUGUUUCUCGAGUUGGCUGAAGAUAAAAUGGGAUGGACGAGUUAACAAGACAGAUCGACUGCUCAGGAGGCUUGUCAGGAGAAAGGGUUGUGACAGAAACAGUUGCCUCCACCACCAGACUGUCUUCUCUGCCACCAAAGGGAACCAGCGGAUCAAAUCACAGGAAUAUGUCCAGCGGUGCUGGAGGGCUGGGCUUGGAGAAGAAUGUCUUAACCCAGAACAGCAGUGGAACUUAUUUCUCCUCAUCCUCUGGAGGAGUGAACGCCAGCAGCUUCAGCUCCUCCUCGGGAGUUUACCUCGGGGGAGACUCCUCGGGAGGUGAUGGAGGAGGGAUCUUCAUAGACGGAGAGGGGUAUGGAAGAAGAGGAGGAGGAGGAGGACGAGGAGGAGGAGGAGGAGGAGGGAGGAGGAGGGGGAGGAGGAGGGGGAGGAACUGGAGGGGGAGGAACUGGAGGAGGAACUGGAGGAGGUGGAGGAGGUGGAGGAGGUGGAAGCAAAGGCGGCAGUUAUCUCGUGAGCUCGGUGUCAAAGGUCAGGUCGAGCUCAUCUGGCGGUACCAGGAGAACUGCAGGCUCAUCAGGAGGCCUGUCGCCAUCUUCCCGGGAGAGGAAGGUCACAUCCAGCCGCUCAGGAGGUUAUGAUGGAAGUUCCAGCGCUAAUUCCUCCCCAGAGUUUGCACGCAAAGAUUAUGGAGUCUAUUGCUCCAGCACCCAAAGAGGGAGGAGCGAAAGCAGAGAGAGCGAGAUCAGAGCCAGAUUACAGAGCGCCUCUCCCAGUGCCAGCAGAUGGACGGAGCUGGACGACGUGAAGAAGCUUCUGAAGGGGCGCUCCUGCAGCAUCAGCCCCACUCGCUCCAACGCCUCCAUCACCCUGCCGGUCCCUAAAAAGGCCAGCGUGGAAACCAAGACUAUCUCAGUGGCCUCUCAGUCGGCAGGUUCAACUUCCUUUGGCUCUGGUGUUAGAUCAACCGGGUUCCACACCAUUGAUACAUCAGGCUUUUAUGACGCCGGUCUGACAUCCGGGCGGGUUGAUACUGGUGUAAACUCAAGCCAGUAUGAUGUCACCGUGACAUCAGACCACUAUGAUACUGCUGUGAAAUCUGUCCCGUAUGCUGUUGGUUUAAAAUCAGGACCGUUUGAUACUGGUGUGAAGUCAGGACAGUACGACAUGAGUUUGAAAUCAGGGCAGUAUGAUACCGGCAUAAGAUCAGCCCAGUAUGAUACUAGUGUCAGAUCAGCCCAAUAUGAUACUAGUGUGAGAUCAGGCCAGUAUGGUGUGAGAUCAGGCCAGUAUGAUGGUAGUCUGAUAUCAGGCCAGUAUGAUGGCAGUGUGAGAUCAGGCCAGUAUGACACACUGGACGCCACACUUCCUACUUUCUCCUGGUCCACCACCACGCUGCCCUCCGCCUCCACCACGGUGAUGGCUGCCAACACCAGCAGCUACGCCUACCAGGCCGGGAACAACAACUUGGCUGGAGGAACCGCUCCAGUUGGUCUCACCUCACCCUCCUCCCUCUCCGUUUACGGCUUCCAGAAUAACCUGGCUCCCACCUCUACCACUGUGCUCACCACCAGUGGAGGAAACGUGACUACUAACCUAGGAGGUUAUGGCGUUCAGAAGAAUUUGUCAAAUGGUGGGGGAGUCGCCAGCACUGGAGUCUCUGCAACCACUAGAACCACAGUUGAUGAUUCCUAUAAGAGAGACUAUAAGUUCCUGAUCUCUGACAAGGAGAACGUGGCGGCCAAGAGAGACGUUGACAUGCUGAUCAUGGCUAAAGACAGCGGGAAGCAGUUCACCACCAGCAGUGUUCAGAUGAGUGGAGGGUCGCUGUCAGGAGAUUCGAUGAAGAAAGAGAAGCUUAUUUCAAGCUACGUUGAGACGGCGCCACUGAAGACAGAGAGUGGCAACUCUUACUACGGGUCAUCUGGGACAUCUGGAGUUGUGAUGAAAGACAAAUCAACCUAUGCAGAGAUCGACCGGGACAGCGGGAUCUUUGGAGGCGGAGGAGGAUUCUGCUGCUGCUCGGACGCGUGUUGCUCCUGGUGGAAAUGGCUGCUGGGUCUUCUCCUCCUCUCCCUGCUCCUGCUGGGACUCUUGUUUGGGCUUAUUGCACUGGCUGAGGACGUGAGAAAGCUGAAGAGUCGAGUGGGUACGCUGGAAUCUGAGUCCUCCGCUCGUACCAGCCGGCUGUCAGGAACUUCAAAUAACAUCAACACCUUCGGAGCCGCUGGAGCUGGAGCUGCAGGAGCAGGAGCGGUUGGAGCUGCUGGAGCUGCUGGAGGUGGUGUAGGUGCAGGUGGAGGAGGUACCUCCCACACCGACAACACGCUAUAUAUGGGGGGUGGAGCUGGAAGUUCGGGAUCCAAAACACAAAUCGGUGUUGCAGCUGGUGCUGGCGGCUCUACUGGUGGAGGUGGAAACGGCCUUGAUGUCAGCAUUGGUGGUGCUGGAGCCGGUGGAGCGACUGGGGCAAGUUCUGGUGGUGCCGGUGGCAGAGGUGGCAGUACUGGUGGCAGUACUGGUGGCGGUACUGGUGGCGGUACUGGUGGCGGUGCUGGUGGUUCUGGUACCCGUCUCGGUGGUGGAAGUUCUUCUGGAACCUCUUUCAGUGGCUCUUCUAGUUCUGGUACCGUUCUCAGUGGCUCUGCCGGCAGCACUGGUUCUGGUUUCAGUGGCGGUGCCGGCGGUUCUGCUGGUACCGGCCACAGUGAAGGCGGUGCCUUCGGGACCGGAGUGAGCGGAGGACACAUGGAUGCUGCUGCUCUGCAGAUCAUGGUCCAGCGGAUGUUAAGAACUGAAAUGCAUUCCCAGUCAUACAGAGCUUUUCUAGUGUCCUCAGUGCAGGGAGAGAGAGGACUUACUGGACCUAAAGGAGACUCUGGUUUCCCUGGAAUUCCAGGUGCUCCGGGCUCCAUGGGACAUGCAGGCCCUGAGGGUCAGAAAGGACAGAAAGGAGGUCAAGGUGAUCAUGGGCUGGAUGGGGCACCUGGCGUCAGGGGUCGCGAGGGCCAGUCGGGCCCCAGAGGCGAUGCAGGACCUGCAGGCUUUGGAGCGAAAGGUGAAAGAGGUUCUCCCGGGGAACCUGGGUCUGUCGGUCCUAAAGGCUCAAGUGGAAUUCCUGGUCUUCUUGGAGCACCAGGUCAACCAGGUUCUCAGGGUUUCCGUGGCGAGACAGGACCACAUGGGCCUAAAGGAGACAGAGGGCUUGCUGGAUUCCAAGGACUUAAAGGUGACACUGGUGAUACAGGCGCCAGAGGUGUGAAAGGUGAUGGUGGUAUACCGGGUCUGCAGGGGCUGGCUGGAGAGAAAGGAUCAAUGGGGUUGGCUGGAACUGAAGGAUCAAGAGGUGGCCAAGGGCCUGCAGGUAUUCCUGGACUCAGGGGUCCUGCUGGGUCUCCUGGAGAUGCUGCACAUGCAGGACAACCUGGGCUUCAAGGACCACCAGGGAUACCAGGGAACCCAGGGAGUCCCGGCGCUAAAGGGGAAACAGGUGACGCUGGAAGAAUCAUCAACGCAGCUGGAUCCUCUUCUUUCGGCAUCCCAGGUCCUCCCGGCCCUGCUGGACGUCCAGGAUUAUCAGGUCCAAUUGGCCCUGCUGGUCUGCCUGGCCAAACUGGUGCUAAAGGUGACAGAGGAUUUAGGGGCGAGCAGGGAGAACAAGGAAUAACAGCGAGAACAUCUGAAACCUUGACCUCAAGGCAUGUUAGCGCCAGUGGAGGAUCAGCAAUAUCUGGCCUCCCCGGCCCACCUGGUCCACCUGGACCUGCAGGAGAUUCAAGACCAGGACUGCCCGGGCCUCCAGGUCCAACAGGUUAUGGAAGACCAGGGCCUAAAGGAGACAGAGGGGAACCCGGCUUUUCAUCCAGCUCAGGAACGUUUAAUACUGGACCGCCAGGACCAGCUGGGGCUGUCGGGCCUAGAGGAUCAUCAGGUUCUCCUGGACCAAGAGGAUACCAAGGUGAAGCAGGGCAGCCAGGUGUGCCGGGAACCACAGGGAGCUCUGAGAGAGUAUCCUCUUAUGGUGGAGGACUCGGGACCCCUGGACCUCCAGGUCCGCCAGGACUUCCUGGAAUACAGGGAAUCAAAGGGAACACUGGAGCUCCUGGUAGUCCUGGCUCUUCGAGAGGCUCCAUCUCAGUCACCUCAGGCCCCCCCGGCCCUGCAGGUCCUCCCGGCCCUCCGGGUCAGACGGGCUCCUUCUCUUCUUCUACUGAGAUGCGGCAGUACAUCUCUGAAUAUCUGAGUAGAAGCACACAGUCGGCUGUCCGCGGGCUCCCGGGCCCCCCUGGGCCUCCAGGAACCCCUGGAUCCUUCUCAGGCUCGAUCGAGGACAUAUCCACUCGUAUGAUCGCAUACAUGCAACGUUCGGGCUCAGGGCUCAGCAUCGGGGUUCAGGGUCCUCCGGGACCACCCGGCCCCCCUGGACACGGCUCUGGUUCCCUGACAGUCAGUGGGCUCAUCUCCAUGCUUCAGAGAGAGGAUGUGAGGAGAUACCUGUCCGGACCCCCAGGCCCACAAGGCCCCCCGGGUCAACCAGGGACAUCAGGAGGAGCAGGAGGAUUUUCAGGCAGUUUCUCUGUGGAGGAGAUAUCCACAUACGUCUUCAAGAUCAUGAAUGACAGAGGGAUUGCGAGAGGUCUGCCCGGGCCGCCCGGUCCUGCUGGGCCGUCUGUUGCUGUGGGCUCGAGCUUCUCUCAGGCUUCGAUUGACUAUUCUGCUCUUGUGAGGAAUUCAGACUUCCGCUCUUGGGUUGCCUCUGCCGUACAACAAGGUAUUUCAGGUCCCCCGGGCAUCCCAGGACAGCCUGGCCCUCCUGGCGCUCAGGGGCCGCCGGGGGUCUCCACCGCCACCGUGUACGGGGCCGGGACUGGGGGGAGUGGCUACAGCCUGGAGGACAUUCAGCGUUACCUGCAGGGUUCUGGCUUCAGAGGUCUCCCCGGCCCUCCUGGUCCACAGGGACCAGCGGGACCAUCAGGCGGCCACUCCGGAUCGGUUUCCUACAGUGGAAACUUCCCUCGGGAGAGCAUCCGCGCUGAAGUCCAGGAGUAUCUGACCAGUGACAAUGUUCGUCGUGCCAUCAUCGGACCUCCGGGGCCGAUGGGGCCGAUGGGACCGAGGGGAGAGCAAGGAGAGUCAGGCUACGUCCUGAGCCGCACGCAGAGCCAUAUCCAGAGCCAGGGACAGGGCCAGGGUCAGGGCCAGGGCUAUAGUCAGGGCCAGGGUCAGGGUCAGGGUCAGGGUCAGGGUCAGGGUCAGGGCCAGGGCCAGAGUCAGGGCCAGGGCCAGGGUCAGGGCCAGGGUCAGGGCCAGGGCUAUAGUCAGGGCCAGGGUCAGGGCCAGGGCCAGAGUCAGGGCCAGGGUCAGGGCCAGGGCCAGGGCUAUAGCCAGAGCCUGAACUACGCUCAGAGUGACUCUCGAAUCGGCUCUGAGUACAGAAACAUCGAUCUCAGCAACCUGGACUACUCCAGCGUCGCCAUCCAGGUUUCAGACCUCAUCAAAAGUAAAGGUCUGCUGCAGGAGUAUCUGGUUGAGGGUCCUUGGAGGGCGCAUGUUCGAGCGAUUCAAGGCCCUCCUGGUCCUCCUGGCCCCUCCGGACCACCGGGCCAGAGCCGCGUCAUCGGGGCCUACGGCAACGUCACAGCGGACCUCAUGCAGUUCUUCAGAACCUAUGGCACCAUCGCAGGCCCUCCAGGAGAGAAUGGACCGAGGGGUGAGAGGGGGUAUCCAGGACCCAGGGGAGAGAGAGGUGAUCCUGGGCCCCCAGGUUUAUCAGGACUACCAGGGGCAUACACUGUCCAAGUUCCACACAGGGUGCAGAAGAGGGAUGCAGGCGAUGAAAUGGUUGCUCGUCGUCGUCAGAAGCUUCGCCGUCACGCAGGCAGCGGUUAAACACAUUACUGGAUCACAUUUCAUUUUUACUCAUCUUUUAUUUUAGGUGUUCAACUGUUGCAAUGCAAGUAGUCAAAUAGCUCUUUAUUAUUGCCAUCUGUAGAAACGUCACAGGACAAUUUGAGGAAAUAAAAUGAUGCAUUCAGUUUUUUUAAAACCAGCUUUGGUAGAGGUUUGGAUUUUAGCUGCUGGUCAGUGUCUUUGUUACACAGACUUCUUUACAUCCGGGUGUAUAAUGUUUACUUUGCUUGGUUAGAAGCUUGCUCACUUUUUUCUCCCAGGGACAAUUUCUAUUUUUAAGCAAUAAGUAGCUGAUAUUAUUUCCAACUGCUCGUGUAACUUUCGUGUCGAUUGAUUGGUGUACUUGAUUUUGUUUUCAUUGAGGAUUAUGUUGUUUUGAGAACUAUGCAAAGUGUUAAAUGUUGUGUCAAGGUAACCCUUCAAUGUUUUAUAAAAUACUACAAUAUUGUCAGAUUAUCUACAUAAAUCAAGCUAGCAUCCAUCCUGACCCUUGGAAGUUAUUCAUUCAUCCCAUACAAAUAAAUAAGAAUAUCAUUAACCCUUUUUUUUAAUAUAUAUUAAAAACAUGCAACAUUACCAGUCAGUGAGGGUCAUUUUUGCAGCAGAUAGGGGAUUUAUGUUACAGUAAAUGUUGCUGUAGUUACGACUGAUGAUUUACUUGAAAGAUUUGUUAGUUCAAAAUUAAGAAGAAGAAUAAAUGACAUUGUUUGUGUGGUUGAAAGUCUGAAAAUCACAACAAAAUGAUGGAUUGGAUUGUAUAUUUUUGUAUAAGAGAGCAGUGAAAUUGAUAUAUUUGUUGGAGAGAUUAAAUUAUAAAAUGUUCCCAGAUUAUGUUUGACAUCAUUGCACUUUUUGACUUUUGAUCAAUAUAUAUAUAAAAGACACACAAUAAAUCUAUUUUUCGACUCGG